UAAAUUAAAUAGCUUUUCACCUCACUCUUGUCCCACUCUCUGUUUUCCUCUUCUUUUCUCUCCUGGAGAUUCUGUUUUCUGUUUCAUUAUUCUCUUCUUUCCACUAUAUAGACUUUACUUCUUGCCCUUUGUUCAAAGAUAGCAUCUUUUUUUCUGUUCUUCUCUAAUCUCUUCAUUUUUCUCACUCUUUUCCAUUUUUAUUUAGUGGGGUUUAAUGGAAACUAACAAAGUUGUGCUUUUCUUGAUGUUUUUAGCAGUUUCUGCAGUUUUUGCUGAUGAAGAUGUCUUCAUUGGAGUAAACAUUGGAACGGAGCUCUCAGACAUGCCACAUCCAACUCAAGUAGUUGCACUUCUUAAAGCCCAGCAAAUUCGACAUGUUCGUCUCUUCAAUGCAGAUCGUGGCAUGCUUCUUGCGCUUGCAAAUACAGGCAUCAAAGUCGCUGUUUCUGUGCCCAAUGAACAGCUCCUUGGUGUUGGUCAAUCGAAUACCACUGCUGCUAAUUGGGUUAACCAAAAUGUUGUCUCACAUUAUCCAGCUACCAACAUCACAACCAUAUGUGUUGGUUCUGAGGUUCUAUCAGCUCUUCCAAAUGCUGCACCAAUCCUCGUCAACGCCCUUAAGUUCAUUCAUUCAGCCCUUUUGGCAUCAAACCUGGACAGGCAAAUAAAAGUUUCAACACCUCUAGCUUCUCCCAUCAUCCUCGACUCGUUCCCCCCAUCUCAAGCCUUCUUCAAUCACACUGUGAAACCAGUAUUAAUACCACUGCUCAAAUUCCUUCAAUCCACUAAUUCUUAUUUCAUGCUAAACGUCUAUCCUUAUUACGACUACAUGAAAUCCAACGGUGUUAUUCCGCUAGAUUAUGCUCUCUUCAAGCCUCUAGCUGCAAAUAAAGAAGCUGUGGACUCCAACACACUUUUGCAUUAUACAAACGUCUUUGAUGCAAUGAUCGAUGCUGCUUACUUUGCAAUGCUUGACGUCAAUUUCACCAAUAUUCCUGUUAUGGUGACUGAAUCAGGCUGGCCAUCAAUGGGCGAAUCGAACGAACCUGAUGCUACUGUAGACAAUGCUAACACGUACAACAGCAAUCUGAUAAAACAUGUGCUAAACAAAACUGGAACUCCUAAGCAACCUGGUAUUGCUGUUAGUACUUACAUCUAUGAGCUAUACAAUGAAGAUGCUAAGGCAGGGCCUUUAUCAGAGAAGAAUUGGGGAUUAUUUAAUAACAACGGCACACCAGUUUAUAUUCUACGGUUGACUGAAUCAGGAUCUCUUUUUGCAAACAAUACUUCUAACCAGACUUACUGCGCUGCAAAAGAAGGGGCGGAUACUAAAAUGCUACAGGCUGCUUUGGAUUGGGCUUGCGGAACUGGUAAGGUAGAUUGUGCACCAUUGAUGCAGGGGGAACCGUGUUAUGAGCCAGAUAAUGUGGCUGCACAUGCUACCUAUGCUUUUGAUGCUUACUAUCACAUGAUGGGGAAGGCUCCCGGGACUUGCGACUUCAACGGGGUAGCUACAAUCACCACAACUAAUCCAAGUCAUGGUUCAUGUGUAUUUUUAAGCAAUAUUGGCAGAAAUGGAACUUUCCUAAAUGGCACAGCUCCAGCUAUGGAUUCCACGAGUUCAUCAGCCUAUCCUGCCCGGUAUUUAAACAAUAAUGCUUUUUCAAUGACACUGAUAAUGAUUCUGGGAAUUCUAGGAUUGAGCGUGGUUCUUUUGUAGUACAUCAAAUCUUCUUCAUCAUUUACCUGCGAUGGAUGGUGCCCAUUGCACAAGAUGCAACCUUGCACAUUUUUCUUUUUCAAGAAACGAUACUAAGUUAUCGUGGAUUCCCUUUUACCUUUUCGGAAAAAAGUAAGUGAGGUUACUGAUCUUCAGAAGCCACAUAAUUUUGUACAAAUCCAUGGGAGAGAACCUGUUUCUUUUGGCAGUGUAGGGUGAAAAAUUGAACCAAUUUAGAAAUUCUUUAUAUAUCUGUUCUAUUUGUUUCCUUAUAUGAUCAUUAGAAUACCAAUUUCUUAUGUGAUUUUCUAUGAUGCCUA